AUGGAGCUUUUAUCAGAUCCACAAAAAGAUAGAUAAGUUGUUAAAGUAAAGCCUCCUCCCCACCGUCAUUUAUCAGAUAUGCUUAUGUGGAAAAAAAAUGGAAAACCUGAUUGGAAAUUAAUAAAAGAUCAUUUAUCAAAAGAAGGAAGAAUACUAAAAGAAAAUUUUAUAAAAUUAAUAUAAGAUUUUAGUAAAAUAAUAAAAAAUGAACCUAACAUAAUAUAAUUAAGCGAUCCAGUUGUAGUAGUAGGAGACAUUCAUGGUUAAUUUUACGAUCUUUUAAAAAUUAUAGAAGUAGGAGGUAGUCCAACAUCAACAAAAUAUAUAUUUUUAGGAGAUUUUGUUGAUAGAGGACAAUUUUCUAUUGAAUGCUUGAUCUUAUUAUACGCAAUUAAAUUAAACUUUUAAUAAACAUUAUUUAUGUUAAGAGGAAAUCACGAAUCGAGAUAAAUGACUACAUAUUUUAAUUUUAGAAGUGAAUGUUUAAGCAAAUAUGAUUAAGAAAUAUAUGAUUUGAUUAUGGAUUCAUUUGAUUUAUUACCUUUAUCAUGUAUUAUAAACGGGAAAUUUUUAGCUUUGCAUGGUGGUAUAUCUCCUGAUCUAAUAACUCUAGAUGACCUUAAAAAAAUUGAUAGGUUCAAAGAACCACCAAAAUAUGGUAUUUUUUGUGACCUUUUAUGGAGUGAUCCUGUAGAUAAUGAUAGAGGAAUAUGCGAAAGCAUUUAUAAAUUUAACGAAGUGCGUGGUUGUUCAUAUUUUUAUGGAGCAUAGGCAGUAAAAAGGUUCCUUUAAGAAAAUAAUUUAAUAUCUCUGAUAAGAGCACAUGAAGCAUAAUUAGAAGGAUAUAAAGUAUUUUAUUUAUAAGUAAAAAAAUAUAUAUUAAUAAAGAUGCAUAAAUGGGAUGAAAGCGAUUUUCCUAUUGUUAUAACUAUUUUUAGUGCACCAAAUUAUUGUGAUGUAUAUAAUAAUAAAGGUGCAAUAAUAAAAUUCGACAAUAAUACAUUAAAUAUUUAAUAAUAUAAUUAUACUGAUCAUCCUUAUCUUUUGCCUAAUUUUAUGGAUGUUUUUAGUUGGAGUAUUCCUUUUGUUCUUGAAAAAGUAUCCGAAAUGUUAUAUUAUAUUGCUAGACCGAAUGAAUCAGAAGAAUAUAUUUAAGAAGAAGAUAUAUAAUUAAAUGAAAAAGAACUACUUUUCUUAAAAAACUUUAAGUUUUAAACAGACGAUAGGCAAAAUAACAACAAUCAAAAUAAUAAUAAUGAUAAAAUUAUAAGAAAUAAAGUAAAGUUUAUUUCUAAAAUGGUAAAUAUUCAAAAAUUAUUAAGAGAAAAAGAUUAAAAUAUAUAACUUUUGAAAACAUAAUAUCCUGAUAAUAAAAUGCCAGCUGGUUUGUUACAAGAAAGUGGUAGUAAUGGAAUUGAAGAUAGUAUAAUUUUAAAAUAUAUUAUUUUUAUUUUUAUUUUUAAAAAAGGACUUUAAUAAUUUGUUGCGGCGUAAAUUGCUGAUAAAAUAAAUGAAAAAAGACCAGAAUUUGGGCCUUAUAUAGUAUAUUAAGAUUGCAUUAAACCUAUAAAAUGA